AUGCCGCAGAGAUCGGCCAGUACCCGCACUGGGCUGGAGGAUCAAGAAGAGGGCGAUCUAAGUCGGUACUUCAAUUCAGCCAUGAAGAAGUACGAGGCGGAGCAACGUACAGCUCAGCGAAUGAAUCGACAGCCAAACCGCUACCCAGAUCGACGUACUUUGCUCCAACCUUCACACGAAAGCCUUGACAUGCCGGAUGUGGAGAUGGAGUCGGUGGGGUCGGACAUUUACCAACAUAUCCAUGAGGCGGCGGAAUACGACCCGGAUGAUCUAUGGAUGCCCGAACCACGGCGCCCUCAAGUAGCCGCGACCGGUGCGACUACCGGAGGGGGAAACAUCACGCAGAGGAUCAGAAUCUCAGCGAUUUCUGAGCUGAAAGAAUUCUCAGGGAAGGAUCGGGAAGAAGACAAAGCACGAAACUGGAUCGGCAAAGUGAAAUCAGCGUUUAUCCGGGACCAAGCACCGGACGAGGAGAGAUGUCUGGUCUUCGGUGAUCUCAUGGUGGGCCCAGCCCGCUACUGGUACCGACAGCUGAGUAGAUCGACGAGAUUCAAUUGGAAAGAAUUGAUGAACAGUUUUCUUGUGGAGUAUGCGGGACACGGGAUGUCCGCGAGCAGGCAAUACUACCAUGCAAAGAAACGAUCGGAGGAAGAUCCUUUACAGUACCUGUAUCGGCUUAAUGUGAUGGGAAUGCAGGCGAAGAUACCGGUGAUGACUGGAUUGCCAGCUGCGCGCAAGGAACAUGUCAAUCAUUUCAUUGACACCUUGGACGACCCCGAUCUGUCCAAUCAAUUGCUACUGCUGAAUGUAGAAGACGCGGAGGCCAUGCAAAAGACACUGCACGGAUAUCAACAAGGGAGAUCGCGUCAAGGGAAAGUGAUGAUGGGAUCGUCCAAAUUCAGGCAGAAGGGAACUCAGGGUCCAGCGCUGUCUAAGCCUGCACGAGCGGUAAGGAUGGUCCGUACCGAGGACGUCUGCAGCGAGUCAGGAUCGGACACCUGCGGAUCGGAUUUGGAAGAUCGAUUGAGAUCGAUCCAUGUGGCUGCUACUGCGGAUCGCCGUUCAUCCCCCAAUGACGUUGCAGCAAACGCGAGAUCGGUCGACCCGAACACUCGUCAAGACUAUCAAGAUCGCAAUAUGCCAUUGAAGCCGUGUACUCAUUGCGGAUCGACCAAGCAUGGAGAUCUCGGUUGCUGGAAGCGGCUCACUUGCCAGAAGUGUGGGCGUAAAGGACACCCCUCUGACAAUUGUUUUUCGUGUGUCGUGCUUGCGUGGUACGUCCCGAAUAAGCAUGCGGGGAUGCUACCAGAGAAGGCCGAGAAGAUGUUAAACUAG